AUGACGUCUUCCUUCGAAAGACCUCCAAAACUCUUGUUGCCUCCUAUGCAACAGAGGGAAGAGAUUCCUUCCUUGAGGAAUCUCAAUUUGCCCACUCCGGUGGUCUCCAACUACCAUCUGCCUCCUAUGCCUCUCUCCGACCACAACAAUACCUCGCCGUAUAGACGCUUAUCCUUCCAGAACACACUCCACUACUAUCCGCCCCCAAUGGACAAAUACCCAUCCUUCCCUCCUCCGCUGAAAAUGCAGUCUCCCCAAACGCUGUCUCCUCUUGCUCACCUCCCCCAGACCCCGUCGGCUGAUAGCGUGAGAGGACCUGCACACUUGCCUUCGCCGUACCCGGCUCAGCCUAUGUCUGCCAAUCGCAGCCUGUCGUACCACACACCUCUCUCGCAACCCCCUAAAGACCGUGGGUCGCCCCCUUCUGAAGCCAACAAACGCAAAAGACGGAAGGCACACGAGGUGGUACGACUCUACAAAUGCAACCACGAGUCGUGUCAAAAGGCUUAUGGAACACUCAACCACCUCAACUCGCACAUUGUGCUCCAAAAACACGGCCAAAAACGGUCUCCCUCGGAAUUCAAAGAACUCAGAGAGGAGCUCAAACGCAAGCGGAAGCUUGAAAAGGCCAGCUCCCGUUUGAACGAACGCGAAAAACAGCAGAAUGUUAUCUAUUCGCAGAUACAGAACGACCACGACCACGAGCGGGCUCGGGAUGGUCAAUCGCACAAGACCUCUGCCCCCAAAGACCGCUACUACGUGCUCAACAUGCUUCCGCCCCUUCAUCGCCCCAAAUACUCGCCCCUGCACGACCAGCCAAGACUGUACUAA